AUGUCCCUAAACCACCAGUCAACAGUUUAUAGCGGACCACACGCAAGUAUUUCUAAAAUACUUCUUAAUAAAACAUCACCUCUCUCAUUCAUUAAAGAUAUUUUAAAAGAGUUUAUUUCUUCCGAAGAUAAAUUUGAUAAAGAAUAUACUUUUAAUAAAGGUUUAUCAAUAUUUUAUAUGAUACAAUAUUCAAGUUACGAAAAACUUUGUAAUGAUCACCUUUGGAAAAGCGAUAAAGUUAAAUGGGUUAGAGCUUUAUUAAAUGUAUUUGAAAAUGAAAACAAUUUCAUUGGAUUUGUUAGUUUAGCUGGUUUAUUGAGAAAAAGCGUUGGUCAACUCAUUUCUGAAGUUGAAUUGGCUUUUUUAAAAAGUAUCGAUUCUUUAAUCGAUCAAAUCAAUGAAGAUGCAAAACAAGAAACUUUAACCUUUAUAUGCGCGCAAUGUAUUCCGUUCGUUCCAAAAGUACAAUUAAAAGAAUUAAAUUCCAAGGCAAGAUUAAUGACUUUAUUAAUAAAUAUUGUGUUAGAAAAUCCUCGUUUAUUUCAAAAUGGAAAAUUUCUAAGGGACAUUGAACAAAAUAAUAAUUGGAAUGAGUCGUGUAAAGUUCUUGAAGAAAAGAAUAAUGAUACGCUUUACAAAGAAUUAUCUAAAAUUUCAUGGGCGAUAUCGAAAAUGACUCAAGUCGUUGAAAAAAAUGAUAUUUCCUCAACACUUACAAGGAUCAAUGAAUUCUCCAUCAAUUUAUAUAAGCUAUGGGAUGAGUCUCCUGCACUUAGUUUGGCUAGCGAGGAUUCCUUGGUUAUGAAUAGAUCAUUAUCCGAACCGCAGAUUUAUGGAGAUCGGGAGAGAAUGAUGAUUUUAUCAACAUAUUCUUACCUAUAUUUUAUAACAUCAAAAUUUUCAAUGUAUGGAUUUUCAGUUUAUAAAAAUGUAUUUUUUAGUGUACUAAAUCAGAUAAUAGAAAUUAAUAAUUCAAAUGAAGUAAUUUCUAUCGUGAAAGAUGUGGAAUCGGAUAUUAAUGUUAAUAAACCUCAUGAGAAAUGUAGAGUUGUAUAUUAUUUACUUAUUAUUGAACAAUUGGUUAAAAUAUUAGAUGAUGACUAUUUGGAGAAUCAAAUAUUACCAAUAUUUAACGGACUUUUAUUGAGGAACGAUGAUAAGUACAUAUUUGAAUCGGCAAAUGCUGCUUAUCCAUCCAACAUUGAUGUAAGACAACUUAGAGUUGCUUAUACUACUGUCAUAAAAUCACUAUCGGAGGUUGAUGAUGCUUUAGCUUGGUUAUGUUUAGAAAUACUUAUAAAAAAAAUCGAAAGCAUUAGUCUACAUAAAGAUUCUCAUCCGGAAUUUUCUCAUCAUACAGAAGGCUCGGUAGAUAAAGAUUUUAUAGAAAAGCAGCAAUCAAAGAAUCAAAAUGAAGCCGUGGAGCGAGAACAACAAGAUCCUUUAUAUUCACAGCAAAAAGAAGAAGAGGAGAAUUUAACUAAAGCAGCAUUGUAUUUGAGUAGAGGCCAUUUGCUUUUAACUUUGAUAGAUCAAGUUAAAUCGGUUAAUUUAAUUUUCAUGGAAAAUUUAUUAACAAGGAUUAAGGAAUUUUUAAAGGAAGAAAGGUCAAAUGGAAGGAAGGAUAGUGUUGGUAGUGGUAUUGGGUUAAGUGCUUUACAAAAAGUUCUAUUUGAUGUACUUAGUAACGAAUUAGAUUAUACCAAAAAAGAAUUCGGGGUUAAGUGGUGGUUAAGUGAAGGGAGCAAGUUGUUUGAUUAA